UCACAUGGGCUGCCGCGUCUGAACAACAGUUGUGAAGAAGUCAAGGAACUUCGAACUCUGCCGAGCCCAGGAGACUUGGGGUGAGACAGAGAGAAAAAAGACUCAAGAAACCAAACAAAACAGAGCACAUGGUGUAAGGGAAAAUGCCCACCAACUUCACAGUGCUGCCGGUGGAGGACUCCCCAUUAUCAGAGCCGGACUAUGAUGGACACAUACUGAAAGAAGAAGACAAGGAGGAGCAAGACACGGUAGCAGGACCCUACUCAGGUGAGGACACCCCCAGAGAAACCAGCUCUUUAAUCAGUACAGAUCAUGAUGACAGCAUCUAUGGCAAGAAUAUGGCUCUUUAUGAGGAUGAGAUGGACAGCACUCCGAUGGUGUCAUCCCUCCUCAACAAACUGGCCAACUACACCAACAUAACCCAGGGGGUCAUCGAGCAUGAGGAGGCUGAGAGUGAGGAUGGGAUUCAGAGAGUCGCCGUAAAUGGCCCUCAGAUGGGCACAUUCAUAGGCGUGUUCCUGCCCUGCAUGCAGAACAUUCUGGGUGUGAUUCUGUUCCUGCGGCUCACGUGGAUAGUGGGUACCGCCGGAAUCAUGGAGGCCCUUGCUGUCGUCUUUAUGUGCUGUUCUUGCACCAUGCUGACUGCAAUUUCAAUGAGUGCCAUUGCGACUAAUGGUGUAGUGCCUGCUGGUGGCUCAUACUACAUGAUCUCCAGAGCAUUAGGCCCAGAGUUUGGAGGAGCAGUGGGUUUGUGUUUCUACCUGGGCACCACAUUUGCAGGUUCUAUGUACAUACUAGGAACCAUGGAAAUAUUUUUGACAUACAUCAUGCCCACUGCUAAUCUGUUCAAAGAAGAUCCAAAUGGGAUGCAAAAUAACAUGCGUAUUUAUGGCACAUGCUGUUUAGCUAUCAUGACCCUGGUAGUGUUUGUUGGAGUGAAAUAUGUCAACAAGCUGGCCUUGAUCUUCCUGUCCUGUGUGGUGCUGUCAAUUAUGGCCAUUUACGCAGGUGUCAUCCAAAGCGCAUUCAAGCCUUCCAAUUUUCAAAUCUGUCUGCUAGGCAACCGCACCUUGCAAACUUCUAAGUUUGACAAGUGUCUAAAGACGGAGGUCAUCGACAAUGUAACCCACCCCACCGAACUGUGGAAACAUUUUUGCAAAGGUGACUUUAAUGUAAAUGCAUCAUGUGAUGAGUACUUCACCCAUAACAAUUUGACGGAGAUUGAGGCUGUUCCUGGCUUGCUCAGCGGGGUCAUAUCAGAUAACAUGUGGGGACACUAUGGACAAUACAGGGCGGUAGUGGAGAAGAAGGGACAGAGUUCAGAACGGGUUUCAGAUAACACGGACAAUGAUAUUUCACUGCCUUAUGUCUUCAAUGACAUUGCCACCUUCUUCACCCUUCUGGUUGGAAUCUACUUCCCCUCGGUUACAGGAAUCAUGGCUGGAUCGAACAGGUCUGGAGACCUUAGAGACCCUCAGAGGUCCAUUCCCACUGGUACCAUUCUGGCUAUUGUAACCACCUCAUUCAUCUACAUUUCCUGUGUAGUGUUAUUUGGAGCAUGUAUUGAAGGUGUGGUGUUACGGGACAAGUAUGGUGACUCAGUUAAGAAAACUCUAGUUGUUGCAACACUAGCUUGGCCAUCGUCAUGGGUGAUUGUGAUUGGCUCGUUUUUCUCCUGUUGUGGAGCGGGGCUACAGAGCCUCACUGGUGCUCCCAGGAUCCUUCAGUCUAUAGCGCGAGAUGGCAUCAUGCCAUUCUUACAGGUGUUUGGUCAUAGUAAAGCUAAUGGUGAGCCAACCUGGGCCUUACUCCUAACUGCAGCCAUCUGUGAGAUUGGGAUUCUCAUCGCUUCCCUGGAUGCUGUUGCUCCCAUCCUGUCAAUGUUUUUCUUAAUGUGUUACCUCUUUGUAAACCUGGCCUGUGCUGUCCAAACACUUCUACGCACCCCAAAUUGGAGGCCAAGAUUCAAGUUCUACCACUGGUCACUCUCUUUCCUUGGGAUGAGCCUGAGUCUCUCCCUCAUGUUUGUCUCAUCUUGGUACUAUGCUUUGGUUGUCAUACUUAUUGCUGGAUGCACCUACAAGUACAUUGAAUACAGAGGGGCAGAGAAGGAAUGGGGAGAUGGGAUUCGAGGAUUAUCGCUCAACGCAGCUCGUUAUGCCCUAAUAAAACUGGAGGAGGCGCCACCUCACACCAAGAACUGGAGACCUCAGCUGCUGGUGCUCCUAAAGUUGGACUCUGACUUGGGGGUAAAGCAUCCACGUCUGCUCUCCUUUACCUCACAGCUGAAGGCUGGGAAAGGCCUGACCAUCGUCUGCUCUGUGCUGGAGGGCACCUACAUGGCUCGUGGGGCAGAUGCUAAGCUCUCUGAACAGAAUAUCAAAGCAGCUAUGGCAAAGGAGAAAACGAAGGGUUUCUGUCAUGUGGUAGUGUCCUCUAAUCAGCGAGAUGGUUUCUCUCACCUGAUCCAGUCUGCAGGCCUGGGUGGCAUGAAACACAAUGCAGUCCUUGUGGCCUGGCCCGCCAACUGGAAACAGUCAGAGAGCUCCCUCUCCUGGAAGAACUUCAUUGAAACCAUCAGAGAGACAACAGAAGCCCACCAGGCUCUGUUAGUGGCGAAAAACAUUGAUACAUUUCCCACAAACCAGGACCGGUUAGCUGAGGGUACCAUUGAUGUCUGGUGGAUUGUCCAUGAUGGUGGUCUACUCAUGCUUCUUCCUUUUCUGCUCCGCCAGCACAAGGUUUGGAGAAAGUGUAAGAUGAGGAUCUUCACAGUGGCUCAGAUGGAUGACAACAGCAUCCAGAUGAAGAAAGACCUGCAGAUGUUCCUGUACCACCUACGUCUUGAUGCGAAGGUGGAAGUUGUGGAAAUGCAUGCAGGCGAUAUCUCGGCCUUCACCUACGAGAAAACACUUGUGAUGGAGCAACGCUCUCAGAUGCUGAAGCAGAUGCAGCUUUCUAAGACAGAGCGGGAGAGAGAGAUUCAAAGCAUUUCAGAUGAAUCCCGGAAUUCCAUCAGGAGGAAGCCCUGCGGGCAGAAGCCAUCUCACAACAACAAGUUACAAGUGCCAACUGUAAUUCUGGACGAGGAGCCUCAGCUGAUUCAUGACAGGAACACUAAGUCACAUGCGAUUCUGAACGAAAAGCCCACGCCUACUUCAGACCGGGUCCAUAUGACCUGGACCAAAGAAAAGCUGAUUAGUGAGAGAAACCGCCAACAUCGAGAGGCCAACAUGCCUGUGCGGGACAUCUUCAAUAUGAAACCAGAGUGGGAGAAUCUGGAUCAGACUAAUGUGAGAAGAAUGCACACUGCAGUGAAACUGAAUGAGGUUGUAGUCAACAAAUCCCAGGGAGCCCAACUGGUGCUGCUGAACAUGCCAGGACCACCCAAAAACAAGGGCGGGGAUGAGAACUACAUGGAGUUUCUGGAGGUCCUCACAGAGGGAUUGGAGCGGGUGCUCCUGGUCCGAGGUGGUGGCAGGGAGGUAAUCACCAUUUACUCGUAGCAUCAAGCAGGAACAGGCACUGAGGAGAGCAGGAGAAGCUGUCCAGAGCUGCACAGAUACUGUACAAAUGGGCUCAGGACAGGAAGUCCCACUCCAGCUGCAGGCCAGCACAGCACAUUUGAGGAUUCUUCUCAUUUAGCAUUGUCCACUUUUGAUCGGAUUGACAAAAACACACUUUGUAAAAACUCAGAUGUAAAUGGGGCCUUGGAUGUGGUCCUUAUUAAUCAUUUAAAUAGAGACAAGAAAAAAGACUUAGAUUUAUCCCAUAAGACUUGAAGAAAGUGGCAUCAGCUGUCUUGUUUCUUAUGUAACUCUAAGGGACAGUGUUUGAAUCAUUUCAAGUAUUUGUAUAAGUAAUUUAUAUGUGUUAAAUGUAGUUUUUCAUCUCAUCGCAUUAUUCUGCUGAGCUUUAUGUAAUGUGUCAUGUUAGUUUGAUUCUAUAGAUUUUGGUAAGUUUUGAUAUCAGUGUUGCUCACAUUGCAGUAUGAGUAAAACUGUGAUUUUAUCAUCAGCCAAACCUGAAAUCUGUCAGUACUAAAGAUUUCAUAUAGUUUUAAUACUACUUUUCUUCCCUAAAAUGUUAAAGGUGCCCUCAAAUGAAAAAUUGAAUUUAUCUUGGCAUAGUUAAAUAACAAGAGUUCAGUUCAUGGAAAUGACAUACAGUGAGUCUCAAA